GUUGAGAGAGGGGAGGCACUCACACACAGACACACACAGAGACACACAUACCUACAUGUGCACCAGCUCUUGCACUGCGUGCUUUCUCUCAGGCUGUUCAGACUGACAGCAGCAAACGGAGAAAGACAGAGAGAGAGAGAGAAAGAGAGAGAAAGAGCGGGAGAGAGAGAAAGACAGAGAGGGAGUGUGUGUGAGAAAGGGUAAAGAAUAACAGUUUUAUCUGAGGAAGAAGGAGAAGUGGAAGAAGAGUGAAGCAGGAUUCUUGAAGGACUCCGCUCUGCACCACCUCCAGCUGCACUCAGGAAUACCACUCCGAUCCCCCGCCUGUGGGAAUACCGCUCCGAUCCCGCGCCUGUGGGAAUACCGCUCCGAUCCCGCGCCUGUGGGAAUACCGCUCCGUUCCCCCGCCUGUGGGAAUACUGCUCCGAUCCCGCGCCUGACGGACCCUUCUGUGGGAAUGUUCCCGUGUCCCGCGUGCGCCGGGCCCCGGCUCGGCUGGCUCCUGGCCCUCUGUGCCGUCCUGGGCCUGGGCCCCCCCGCCUCCGGCUUCAACCUGGACACGGCCGGGGCCCUCAGCAAGGCGGGGGAGAGCGGCAGCUUUUUCGGCUUCUCCGUGGCGCUCCACCGGCAGCUGACCCCCGAGCCGCACAGCUGGAUCCUGGUGGGGGCUCCCCAGGCUCGUGGGCGGAAGGCCCAGAGACACACCCGUCCUGGCGCCCUGUACCGCUGUCCAAUCAGCGCAGAGGAGCACGACUGUGAGCGUGUGGACAUCGAUGGAGAUGUACGGACCGACCGCGAGAGCAAGAACAACCAGUGGCUUGGGGUGACGGUGAAGAGCCAGGGGAUCGGAGGGAAAGUGGUGACGUGCGCCCACCUGUACGAGCUGCGCCAGCGCGUGCACCAGCCCUCGGAGACGCGGGACCCCAUCGGGCGCUGCUACGUGCUGAGCGAGGACCUGACGGAGCGGGACGACCUGGACGGGGGCGAGUGGAAGUUCUGCGAGGGCCGGCCGCAGGGCCACGAGCAGUUCGGCUUCUGCCAGCAGGGCCUGGCCGCCAGCUUCACCCCCGACAACAACUUCAUCCUGUUCGGCGCUCCGGGCACUUACAACUGGAAGGGAGAGCUGCGUGUGCAGCUCCUCAACCAAUCACUGCUGGACCUGGGUUUCUAUGACGACGGGCCGUAUGAGGUGGCUGAUGAGAAAGAGCAGAAUGCCCAGCUGAUCCCAGUGCCCUACCACAGCUACCUGGGGUUCUCUGUGGACUCUGCCAUGGGCGUAAUGAGCCGGGCAGAGAUGACCUUCAUGGCGGGGGCUCCGCGUGCCAAUCACACGGGGGCGGUGGUGCUGCUGCGCAAGGACAACGUGUACCGGCUGGUGCCGCAGCACAUCCUGUGGGGCGAGGAGCUGGCCUCCUCCUUCGGCUACUCCCUCACCGCCGCCGACCUCAACAGCGACGGCUGGACAGAUCUGGUGGUGGGAGCCCCUAACUUCUUUGACCGGAAGGCGGAGAUCGGGGGGGCAGCGUACGUGUUCCUGAACCCGCGGGGGCACUGGGAGGAGGCCAGGCCCAUCCGACUCAACGGGGCCCCUGACUCCAUGUUCGGACUGACCGUCAACCGCCUGGGAGACCUCAACCAGGAUGGCUAUGAAGACCUGGCAGUGGGUGCACCCUUUGAUGGCCAUGGCAAGGUCUUCAUCUUCCAUGGUUCCAUUUCUGGUAUUAACACCAAGCCAGCCCAGAUCCUGGAUGGCGAAAGCAUGGGAAUGUCAGGAUUCGGAUACUCCAUAUCCGGGGGGCUGGACAUGGAUGGGAACUCCUACCCGGAUGUAGCAGUGGGCUCUCUGAAUGACCAGGUGGCUCUGUACAGGUCCCGGCCCGUCGUGAAGGUGAUGCGGGAGGUGACCAUCAAACCCCAGCUCAUCGACCUGGAGCAGCCCAACUGCAGGGGCCUUGCCGGGGUGUGUGUGGAUGUAAAAACCUGCUUCAGUUAUUCUGCGGUUCCAGAAACAUAUUCACCAAACAUCACCCUGGAGGUGGUGUUGGAGGUGGAAGCUGAGCUCAGGAAGCUGAAUCUGCCCCAGCGUGUCAGCUUCCUGUCCCACAGAACGUCUGAACACGAUUUCCUGCACUCUGUGGAGAUAGCGCUCCUCGGGCAGAACCACACAGCCUGCCGUGUCAUUACCCUCCAGCUGCAGGACGGCCUCCGGGACAAGCUCCGGCCCAUCUCGCUGUCUGUCACUCACAGCAUCAGGCACAGGAAGCCACCAGCACACGCCAAGCUGGGCGAGCUCAGCCCCGUGAUGAGCCCCACCAUCCCCAGCACCCUGCACACUGAGGUUAAUUUCCUGAAGGAGGGGUGCGGCUCUGAUAAGAUCUGUCAGAGUAACCUGCAGCUGAGCUACCAGUUCGGCAUACGCCCAGCGAGCUCUGCACAGUUCACCCCUCUGUCUGCAGAUGAGGACGGGGUGCCUGUGUUCGCUUUCUCUGAGAGAAUCCCGCUGGCCCUGGAGGUGACCGUCACCAACACGCCCUCCGACCCCAGCUGGCCCCAGCGGGAUGGGGACGACGCACAUGCUGCUCAGCUGCUGGUGACCCUCCCAGAAACCCUGUCCUACUCCGGCAUCAGGCCACAGCAGGUGCAAGUGGAAUGCCAGGCCAAUCAGAACGUCACAGAGUGCGAGCUGGGGAACCCCCUGAAGAGAAACACCAAGCUGAAAUUCUACAUACUCCUGGGCACCUCAGAUAUCACCGUAGAAACCACUGACUUGUCUGUUGAUCUCCUCUUGUCAACUAUCAGUGAGCAGCCUGAUCUGGCCCCAGUCACAGCCUUCGUCAAAGUGGUGAUAGAGCUCCCCCUGUCUGUUAGCGGGCUGGCCCGCCCACAUCAGCUGUUCUUCAGCGGUACGGUGAAAGGAGAGCGCGCCAUGAAGACCAUGGAGGAAGUGGGAAGUGCAGUGGAGUACGAGUUCACGGUGACCAACCCUGGGAAGCCCCUGCAGAAGUUUGGCUCCGCCUUCCUGAACAUCAUGUGGCCCCAUGAACUGGCCAAUGGGAAGUGGCUCCUGUACGCUACAGGGUUCCAUUUCGAGGGUCACCCACAUUCCAGCUGUGUCUCAACCAAUAUCCUGGGGCUGAACUCCAGCGACCCCACUGAACCCGCCCACAUAAAGGCCAGGCGGAAGGGGCGUUCUCACCCAGAGGAAGAGGGGCCAAUCGCGCCGAAGAGCAGUGUUGCAAGAAGCUCACCUGCUGUGGCCGCUUCAGAGAGGAGGAAGUCCCUAAAGCUGGACUGUCUCCUCGGUUCCGCUCGUUGUGUUCUGUUCCAGUGCCCGCUUCAUGGGUUCUCCGGCACGGCCAACCUGAAGAUUCAGGCCCGACUGUGGAACAGCACCUUUAUAGAGGAGUUCUCCUCAGUCAGUGCGCUGGAGCUCUUGGUGAGAGCAAACAUCACGGUCAAAUCCAGCAUCAAACACCUGGUGCUGAAGGACGCUGCAGCCGAGGUCCCUGUGAUGAUCUACCCAGAGCACACUCCGGUGGAUCAGCACCUGAUCCCCUGGUGGAUCAUCCCGCUGGCUGUCAUGGCCGGGAGCACGGUCCUGGCGCUGCUCGUCUGCAUCCUGUGGAAGUGUGGGUUUUUCCACAGAGCCCAGUAUAAGGACAACGUGCCCCAGUACCACGCAGUGAAGAUUCCCCGUCAGGAUCGGCCACAGUUCCAGGAUGAAAAAGCGGGAUCACCGCAAAAGAAGGAGUGGGUUACCCACUGGAGUGACAGCACUUCCUGAACUACACACACACACACACACACACACACAUACCUGUACACACACACACACACUCACACACACAUACCUGUACACACACACACACACACUCACACACACAUACCUGUACACAUACACCCACACACACACACAUACCUGUACACACACACACACACACGUACCUGUACACACACACACACAAACUCACACAUACCUGGACACACAUAUACAUACACACACAUACAUGCCUGUACACACGUGUACAUACACACAGACACACACACAUACUGUAAAAAGAGCGUGUACAUACACACGUACCUGUACACACACACACACACACACACACAAACUCACACAUAUGUACAUACAGUACACACAAACACACACACACACCCCUGUACACACAUGUACAUACACACUGCACUGACCCUCUGACUAACCCUAACCCUGACUGUAUCCUCCAUGGGCCAUAGACCGCCCACCCAAUCACAGACAGAGGAGGGGCCACAAGCCCCGCCCACAUGCUGCCACUUACACCUGUCGCCCUAUAGGACAGGGGAAAAGGGGGAACCGCGGACAACCCAGCUGAGACAAAACAAAUACACAAUGAAGCAAAUCUGCCCAGCUAAACACCAGACCAAAGAAGGCCUUUUCUCACACACACACAUGUGCACACACACACACAUGCACACAUGCACACAUGUGCACACACACACACACACAUACACACACAUGCACACAAACACACACACACUCACAUACACACACACACACACUCACACACACACACACACACGCACACACACACACAUACACACACACACACACACACACACUCACACACACACACACACACACACACACACACACACACACACACACACACACAUGCAGACGCUGUUUCUCUGAGGACACAGAGCCUCAGGUGAGGCCCAGACUCCCUGUGAGUCAGAGAGGGGAUCAGGCUGUAGCUUUGAACACUUCACCCUUCACAAGGCUGCUGAACGCAAUAGCUUGGACAAAAACCCACCAGCGCUACCAAGGAGACGAAAGAUUCGCCUGGGCUUGCAGACAUGCACCAUCAAGGGCUCGCAGAUGGCAGCUUGCCCUGUGAUUGGGCCAGUGCCACCAUAAACAAGAUGGAGGGGGUCCACAGUGUGAGACAGUUAGCCCAGCUCAUCACACUCACUGCCUUCAGGCCACAACCACCGCAAGGAGAAAAGAGACUUUUUGUCAACUGUGCGUAGAGCUGCGAAACAGGAGACCGUCACUGUUUCUGUUUGCUUUUUUUAAGCAUUUUUUUUAUUUACAGAGGUGGCAAAAAGACAAAAAGUAAACAAAAGGUAACUGAAAAAGGGUUUCUGAAAGUGUGAAGAUCCCUUUAACUGUAAUCAGCUGGCCCGUUAAACUCCGUUUUGAUGACUUUGAAUGUAUGGCAUGAGCUCUAAAAAUGUUGUCUCCGAAUUAUUUUUUAUUUAAAAUGGCAUCCCUUUAAAGAGUGGCAUGGAGGAUGGGUUUAUGUAAGAUAGUUUUCACAUUUUAGCAACAGAAUGAUAGCAGAAGUUCUAAUUCACUGUUUUACCUUACCUUUCUUGUAAGUGCCUUAUGCUAGUGGUGGCUAUAUUUGCUGUUUAAAAAAACAACAACCUGAAAAUACAAUUGGAGUCAUAGCUGGUUGCUUAGUAACUGUUCUGGGAGAAUUCUUUUUUUAAAGGGGGGGGGGGGGUGGAGUUUAUAUCCCAUCUGGUGUGAAUUAAACAGGAUAAAUGAAUUAUAACUCAAGGGGAAAGUGUGAUAUUUGGUGGUGGGAUUGUCGAGGAGACAGGUUAGGUCUAUAACGCGCAUUGAUAUUGCUGGACAAUCUUGUUUUACUGCAUGAACAGACAUUGCUGUACACAGUUGUUGGAUGUCACACCAAAAUGUUUAUUUAUUUCUGACAACCUGCCCUAUUGUACCAUUGUAAAUAAAAUAAGUCACAGAA